AUGUGUCCCCCUUUGGCGCCAGGAAAGGAAGCAGCAACGUACUCCUGCCGUAUUCUAUGCAAAGAGCAAAGAAGAAUGUGUGAAGGACUAGUGACAGAAACAGAUGAUUCUGCUCCUAAAUAUGAAGAGGGGAAGAAACGAAGAAAGCCCAACUACAGCAGUGUGGAUCUUUCUGAGGUUGAGUGGGAAGACAGAGAUGAUGUGCUCCGAAAUGCAAUGGUGAAUCGGAAAACAGGGAAAUUCUCCAUGGAAGUGAAGAAGACAGUGGACAAAGGGAAGCGGGUUUUGGUGAUGACAAAUGACUACUAUUAUACAGACAUCAAGGGUACUCCAUUCAGUUUAGGUGUGGCUCUCUCUAGAGGACAUGGAAAAUAUUUCUUCAGAGGGAAUGUAACCGUAGAAGAAGGUUUACAUGAUUUAGAACACCCUGAUGUAUCUUUAGCAGAUGAAUGGUCCUAUUGCAACACUGACUUACAUCCUGAGCACCGUCUAAUGACUCAGUUAGAAGCAAUUAAACGCUACCUCACCGGAAAAGAGCCAUUGCUCCAAUGUGAUAAAGAAUUGAUCCAGGAAGUUCUGUUUGAUGCAGUCGUGAGUGCACCAAUUGAAGCUUAUUGGACCAGUCUAGCAUUAAAUAAAUCAGAAAACUCUGACAAGGGAGUGGAGGUUGCCUUCCUUGGAACACGGACUGGACUAUCUCGUAUCAACCUGUUUGUGGGUCCGGAACAGCUUACUAAUCAAGAUUUCCUGACAGCUGAAGAUAAGGAGAACAUUUUUAAUGCUGACCAUUUUCCACUCUGGUACAGAAGAGCUGCAGAGCAAAUACCUGGGAGCUUUGUCUAUUCAAUCCCAUUUAGUACAGAAACCGCGAACAAAAGCAACGUAGUGACAGCCAGCACUGCUAUUCAACUUUUGGAUGACAGAAAAUCUCCAGUUGUUGCAGCUGUAGGUAUCCAGAUGAAACUUGAAUUUUUCCAGCGGAAAUUUUGGACUGCAAGCAGACAGUGUGCAUCUCUCGAUGGCAGAUGUGCUAUAAGUUGUGAUGAUGAAGCAAUCAACUGUUACCUAAUAGAUAACAAUGGAUUUAUUUUAGUGUCUGAAGACUAUAGACAGACUGGUUACUUUUUUGGGGAGGUUGAAGGGGCUGUGAUGAACAAGUUACUAACAAUGGGCUCCUUUAAGAGAAUUACACUUUAUGACUACCAGGCCAUGUGUAGAACAAACAAAGAGAGUAGCGACAGUGCCCAUAGCUUACUGGACCCUUAUAAUGCCUUCUUUGCUGCAGUAAAAUGGAUUAUGACUGAGCUUGUCUUGUUCCUUGUGGAAUUUAAUCUAUGCAGUUGGUGGCACUCUGAUCUAACAGCAAAAGCGCAGAGGUUGAAACAAACCCUAGAGCCCUGUGAUACUGAAUAUCCAGCUUUUGUUUCCGAACGCACUAUAAAGGAGACCACGGGGAAUAUUGCUUGCGAUGACUGUUUCAAGUCUUUUGUUAUUCAGCAAAUCCCAAGCAGCAAUCUCUUCAUGGUGGUAGUAGAUAAUGAAUGCUUCUGUGAUUCUGUCCCACCAAUUACCAUGGCACCUAUAGAAAUAAGAUAUAAUGAAUCCCUUAAAUGUGAACGUUUAAAAUCUCAGAAGAUAAGAAGACGCCCAGAAUCUUGUCAUGGAUUUCACCCUGAAGAAAAUGCAAGAGAAUGCGGUGGUGUCUCAGGCCUUGAUGCUAAACCUCCUCUUGUUCUUCCUCUGCUAUUGACGAUUUUCUCAAGGUGACAUUGACUGAUGUGUUCAAUUGGCAUGCUAAUACAUGGAUAAACUGUGGUUCGGGAAAUGGUACAACAUAGAGGACAUGAAAUAUAGUCAGAGCAUCAGCAUUUCAUGAUUUUAAACUGUUGGUGAUAUAAAUUCUUAAAGAUAUGUUGAAAAAAGAUUUAUCUUUUUACUUUGCAAGUCAUGGAGAUGUGAAUUUGGCAUAUGGUGGUCAUGAUUCAUCAAAAAAGGACUUGGUAGAUAGAGGUGACCAUUGCUUUGUCUCAUUGAAAACAAUUUAAAACCGUGUACUUUUUCAAUAAAGUAUAUUAAAAUCA